CCGCGUCGCGUCGCGUCGCGUCGCCGUCACCCUCACCGCCGCCUCCGUUGCCCGUUGUCCUUACGUUUUCCUCGUGGGUCGCGAGGAACGCGGCCUGCACGGAGAGAGAUAGAGAUAGAGAGGAUUUCCCGAAGGACCGUUCGGAAUGCGCCAAUUCCGAAAAGGAGGAUCGCGAGCGAGGGACAAAAACUUGGAAGCGAGAGGACCGCAUUGAAUUCCUUUUAGUCCUUCUAGUCCCUCGGAACUGGUGGACGGUGCGUGCGUAGGUGCUUCUCAUUCGAAAGAUAUUACGCUCGAGAAAGAGAGAGAGGAGAAGAUAAAAAGAAAGAGAUAGAGAGAGAGAGACGAAGGGUGGCGAGAGUGGAGCAGUGCGCGAGCUUCCGUGGAAUGUGCUCUAUCAUUGAUCGAGUGUAUGGAUCGACCGACGAGGACGUGGCGAAGGUCGUAUGGAACAACGAGCACCCUCGUGGCUGAAUAUUCGUCGACGUGCUCUAGCCAUCGAACGAUCGCGUCCGUUUCCGAAGAAUCUGUGGUCUUCGUUAACGUUGACGACGACGACGACAACGACGACGACGACGACGAUAUAUCAUCGACGAGGAACGCUCGUCGAUAACGAGCGCACGUAAAGACGCUCGGGGAGCUCGGACGCAUCUCCGUGACGGUGGUGACAAUGAGGAUCGAUCGAUUUCCAGUUACGGAAUCAUCGGGGCUUAAUUUCGCCUCGUGCCGCGACACGAGUAACGCUCGCGACCUCCUCGUAUCGGCGACCCCGAUUACCACGCGUCACCGUGAAAAUAAAUUCCGGUGCUGGAAAACUCGAUCGAUGAUGCCAGUCACUCACGAGGAGAGAGCCGUGCCGUGAGGGACGGAAGAGGGAGGAAAGAAAAAGGGAGAUAGAGAGUGCGAGGGUGGACGAACGCGGGAAACGAACAAAUGACGAAUGAAACGUUCGCCCACUCCUAUUAAUCACCGGAGAUCGUUCUCGCCGAAUAUAACGAAAUAAAUAACGUUCCCAUUUUAGUCCACGCAUCCCCGCUGCGCUCGUCACACUUGAUAUUUCGGCAUUUGACAUUUUUAGCCUUUAAAAAAGGCUCUACUCCUUUAACGCUGGCGAACGUUAUCCGGAAGCCGGAAGCUUCGAAUUUCACUCAUUUGUUUCACAUCAUUUCAAACUGAUGUCGAAAUAUACGAAAGCAGCGUGCAAACGUUUGGAGUAACAUCGACUGGCAACGAAAUCAAAAUCAUGACCAUGACCAUAGACCGUUCUAUUCAUACGACUUAAGCGGCUCUUGGUACGGAGCUUCGUAUCGUGCCGGAUCAGCGUGAGAAACAGCUGUAAACUCUAGCCAGUAUCAACGUCUCUCGCGGUUUCUCGAUAUUGCCUUUUCGAUAUUGUCCGAUCCGACGAUUCACGUCCAACACGUUCGAAGACGCUUUUCCAAAGAUUUUGUCGAAGAGGAGUUGAAAAUUUCAGUACACCCGGCGCUGGCGGCGAAGGUACUUAGAAUGGGCUGCAAAUCGGCAGCAAAGUCCAAGCUGGAAGAAGAGACGGUCGCCUCGUCGUCGGAGGGUAAGCGGGCGAUCCAGUCGCCGAUCGAGCGAAAUUCAGGACCAACGAUUCAGGACCAGGGAGGCAAAUCCUGCGGUCUCGGAGACGACGAAGAGAGCGAGGAAAGCAACAACAACAAUAACAACAACAACAACGCGGCCGGUCGUGCCUCAGAGAACAGCGAAACGUCCGUCGUUCGAACGGACGACAGCAGCGUCGCUAGGUAGCUAUCAAGCGACGAUGCAGAAGUUGCGCUCGACCUUCAAAAGGUCGCGCACUCCCACGGGAGCGGAAAUGAAGUCCCAGUCUAGCCUCGAGGUGCCCAAGCAGAUCAGGUCGGCCUCCUUCGACGAGAUUCAGUUGCAGACGAAGCGACAGGACGACCGUACGACCUCCUCGUCGUCCUCCACGUGUUCCCCGGCGAGAUCGCAGGACUCGAUGCGCGGCAGGAGAGGCUCCGCGACCCUCAAGGUGCCGCAGCACCUCACCGGCCAGCGUUCCAAGAGCUUCGACGCGUACUCGGCGAGUUCAGCCUCGUCUCCGAGCACGCAGCUCCCAGCGGGCGGGAUCGAGCGACCGGAAACGCCAAUCAUCCAAGUCUCCGGCUGCUACCACUGUGCUUGCGUCGAGGAAUAUCGGAGCCUCUGGCUCACCGAGGACGUCUCCAGAGACGAGGCUGCCGACGUCGGUGAUCCGGCAUCCGCCGAUAGCACGGAUCUCUCCGAGAACGAGUCGGAUCGCGAGGAUGAGCAAGAGAGCAAGAGAGAGGGUAGCCCGGAGAUUCGGGUUACGUACGUGCCGCCCGAGGUAACCGAGGAAGCGUCCGCCGAUCCAGAUUCCGAGGUCAGAUCGGAAUUCCCGGAGAGGCAGCGCAGAUUGUCCAGACAGGAGGCCCUCACCACCUUCCCCCUGGAGCACCUUCCCGCUCUCGCGUCAGCCGCGACCGCCUCGGAAGCGGACGACGACGACGACGACGAGGAGAACGAGAACGUCGAGCCGUGCGGCUCGUCCAAGUUCGUCGUGCGUGACAUUUUCCUGACCGUGCCGGAGCUGAAGCGAGACCGCGCCGCUUCCGUCGACUCGUGUUUCAAUAACAAUAAAAACGGUUCCGCGACCGACGCUGACUCGUUGGCGGUGCCACAGCAGAGCAUCAGGUCGAAGAGCGUCGACAUCGUGCUGCCGACGGACGCGAGGACGAGAUACACGGCGCUGCUGCCUGGCAAGGAGUCGCGACCUUCGAUAGGAGGGCGAGAGGAUAGUGGAGAAGAUAGCAGGGACGGAGGUGGCUCGAGUGGUCAUCGUGAACCUCGGUCAACUCCAGAUUGGGGUCCAAAUGCGUUCAAUGGGGAACAUCUUUGGGUACCAACCGCUACAUCCGGUGAUUUCUGUUACGUCAAUGACUGUUCCAAACACGGACCCCGGUUGAAAUGUCCGGCUUGUCGCGUAGUGGCUCACGCGCUCUGCGUCGGAAGUUUAGAGUUCGCCUGCAAGCCGAGUUUUCGCGAUGUCGGAGUGCGUCAGUAUCGCGAACAAACGACAAUCCAUCAUCACUGGGUCCAUCGACGAUCGCAGAAGGGCAAGUGCGCCAACUGCGGCAAGUCCUUCCAAUCGAAGCUCAGCUUCAGCUCCAGGGAGAUCGUGGCGGUGAGCUGCAGCUGGUGCAAAGCCGCUUAUCACAAUCGGGAGUCGUGCUUCAACGUAGAAAAAAUUGGCGAAAACUGUGAAUUGGGCACUCAUGCGUCCAUCAUAGUGCCGCCGUCGUGGAUCGUGAAACUGCCUCGUAAGGGUAGCUUCAGAAGUAGUUUGAGAAGAUCACCCAGAAGAAAGAAGAGCGACGGUUCGUCUUACCGUCGGAAAAGUAAGGAGAAAGAGAAAGAGGAAAAGGAGAAGGAUAAGGAAAAAGAAAAGAGUCAGGAAGAAUUGUGGGUCGUUAAGCCCAUACCCACGGCCACGGUGAAGCCGGUGUUGGUUUUCAUAAAUCCGAAAUCCGGUGGUAAUCAGGGAGCGAAAUUGUUGCAAAAGUUCCAAUGGCUGCUCAAUCCGAGACAGGUUUUCGAUCUGACGCAAGGUGGUCCAAAAAUGGGAUUAGAGCUUUUCAAGAAGGUCCCGAAUUUGCGCGUGUUGGCCUGCGGCGGCGACGGUACGGUCGGUUGGGUCUUGUCGAUUCUGGAUCAAAUCGGCGUUUAUCCGGCGCCAGCGGUCGGAGUACUUCCUUUGGGUACCGGAAACGAUCUGGCGAGAGCAUUGGGAUGGGGAGGCGGUUACAAGGACGAGCCGAUCGGCAAGAUCUUGACGAGCAUCAGUGACAGCGAGACCACCUUGUUGGACAGGUGGCAACUGAAGGUCGAGAGGAAUCCCGACGCCAAGAACGACGAUGACGGUGGCAAGGGCAAGGAAAAUCUACCGCUAAACGUCGUUAACAAUUACUUCUCCCUCGGGGUGGAUGCUCACAUCGCUCUCGAGUUUCACGAAGCACGAGAGGCUCAUCCGGAGAAGUUUAACUCCAGAAUGAGGAACAAAUUGUUCUACGGGCAGAUGGGCUGCAAGGACUUGCUGCUCACAAAGUGGAAGGAUCUCUCGGAUUUCGUGACGCUAGAAUGCGACGGUCAAGAUAUGACGCCAAAAUUGAGGGAGCAUCGAGUCCACGCUAUACUAUUCUUGAAUAUCGCUUCAUACGGUGGCGGGACGCAUCCAUGGAGCGCGGGAAGUGGCACUAGAGAACCGGCCAUGGAUGACGGCUUGAUUGAAGUAGUCGGCCUGACCACCUACCAGCUACCUCUUUUGCAAGCACGUGGACACGGUACUUGCAUAGUGCAAUGCAGCACGGCCAAAUUGGUCACGACCAAGACUAUACCGAUGCAGGUCGACGGCGAGGCUUGUCGUCUGUUACCAUCCAUCAUAACUCUAAGUAUGUUGAACAAAGCUACGAUGUUAGCGAAAAGAAGGAACGCGGGAAAGCCAUCCCAUCAUCCAGCGAGAUUGGAUAGGCUGAGGCUGCCCGUGAUGAAGAUAAAGAUGUCGGAUUACGAGGCGUACCAUCACAACAAGGAGAAGUUGCAGGAAAUGGCAGAGUCGUGGCUCGCGGAACCGCUCGAUCUCGACGCUACGACCGAUCUGGAGAGUCUGAGGAAGCUCUUGAGCAAAGAUUAUAACAUCGAUUCGUGCUGCUUUCUCGACUCGUGUACCGCGGAAAGAUUCUUCAGGAUCGAUCGGGGCCAGGAGCAGUUGCAUUACGUGACGGACGUCGCCGUGGACGCCGUCUACGUCCUCGACGAAGACUCGGUGCAACAGCAGUCCGACGGCCAAGCGGGACCAAGCCAGACCGUUGCGAGUAGGGAAAGCGAAACGGCGCACAUUCGUUUACCGAGCGACGAACGUCUAAAGGAGAUGCCAGUCGUGACGGGGAAGGCGAAUCGAUCGAACGAAGAUAGGGGGGGACAGGAACAGACCUCCGUCGUCGGGAAGAUCAAACUUUUCAGACGGCGAGAAAGCGUUUCCUUCGACAAAGAAUCCGAGGGUCAGAACGGCGUCAGGCCGAAGGAUCUGGCGAGUCGGAGGUGCUCCUUGAACAUACCGAGCGAGAACAAAAGCAGCGAGUCGAAUUCCCGCGUAAGACGCGAAUCCCUCAAGAACUCUCACGUCGCGAUCGCUCGUGCCGAACAGUCGCAGCAGGCUGACCGAUCUCUCGCUUUUAUCAGCCCUCGCGACAGACUCUUCGGCCUGAAUUCGGGAGUUCACGGAUUCACGGCCGAGUUACUCGAGAAGAACUGCGAUGAAAUACUGAGAGCGGCCAAGAUCGGCGAUCUGCCGACCUUGAAGCAGCUUCAUCAGAAGGGAUACUCGCUUCUGUCCAUCGAUGAGACUGGUCAAACGGCGCUGCAUCUCGCGUCGAGGCAUGGUUACAAGGAUAUCGUCAGAUAUCUCAUUGGCUGCGCCCCACCGACCAUUUUAAACAUGAUCGAUAAUGAUAAAGGGCAAACCGCUUUGCAUAAAGCUGCCCAGAAUAAACGUCGUUCCAUUUGCUGUAUGCUCGUGGCUGGCGGCGCAUCUUUGAUGGUGAAGGAUCGACACGGUAACACACCGCAUCAUCUCGCGCUGAUAGCGGAGGAUCACGAUCUAGCUGCGUAUCUGCAAACAGGUCAAGAACACUUUCAAUUGGCGACGGACGAGAUGGAGAGCGAUCUCUGACCUCCAGCGUUGAUCGCCACGGCCUGAACCGCCCUGAACGAUUGUGACGCAAGAGCCGUUAUUGUCGGCGCUAUUGUCCCGACGGCCCUUUUUUGCGGCGUUUUUUUCGGCGACGUAACCGUAAAUCGCCACGUGAUAAUCUGAUAUUCCUCGUCCGUUCGACGUCGACGAUUACGUGUUUGCCAAAUGCUGACGUAUUUCUCUUGUCGAUACUUCGAAAUUACUCUCUAGCACACAAUGAUUACAUAAUUAUACACCUACACGUACACGUACACGGACACGGAGACACGGACACACACGCGACACGCGCAUACGUAUAUACUAUACGUAACUACGUAGUUGUUUCUGAUCGAUAAUGACUCCUCAUUUUUCUCACUCGUAAACUUGUCCGAGGUUUGUAACUCUACUUACACACUCAUGUAUGUACUCGGCAAGUGGACCAUAAUCGGUCGGGGAGCAUCCAAAAUUGCUCCCGAGACAAGCAAAUUUAUUUUUCGUACGACAUUUAACGUCUCUCCGGUUCAAAAAUGAGACAGUCAGUUUUGUAUAUCUAUAUUACAACAUGUACGUAUAUAUAAACACUCCCGUCAUGUAUUUACGGAAGAUUCUACGAUAUUUUAAUCUCUGUGUGAAACAAACAGACAAAAUGGGCCAGCCAUCACAUUUGCGCGAUCGAAUAGACGGUGGAUGAGACUGCUUGCGGAGAUUAAUCCGAUGACGAAACGUUAAAUCUGUGCCAACCGAUUGAGUAAUGAAGGAACGUGAACGACAAUGCCAAACGCGAAGAUUGACUGUCUCAUGUUGGAGCACGUGCGAAAGUAUACAUGUACAUAUAUAUAUGCACAUGUAUACGCGUGCAUGUAUACUUUUCGAACGUUCACAGUGGCCACUCGAAAUGGGUGCUACAAGCGAAUCGAUAAUCUGUUAGUUUUAAUCCAAGGAAAAUAGAGGAUAAUUCAGUAGAGUUAACGGUGAGAACGAGGGUACAUUCUAUAAAUACCAAAAUGUAAAAAGGGAUCAACGUACGAACACCAAUUAGUAGUUAGACGCAAUCUAUCAGUAUAAUUGUACUAUUGCUAUUACUAUUAUACUGUUACUAUAAUUAUUUUUCUGUCGGAUUGAUAUAAGAUCUCUGUAUAUAUAUAUAUAUAUAUAUAUAUAUAUAUAUAUAUAUAUAUAUAUAUAUAUAUAUAUAUAUUAUACGUGUAGAGUUUUUGAGGCGCUGAUCGCUUGGAUUUGCGCGUAUUCUAAAGAAAGGACGCCGCUCACAAGUCAAUACGAUCGUGCACGCAACGAUUUCUUUCUUUUGCGCGUCUUAAUCGAGCCCGUUUACUUAUCGAUACUUCUGUGAUCCUCUGUAGAAACCCAGUUUGUAUUCUAUUAUACUUUGAACGUGUGCAUGUGUGUGAAGAUUUCGUAGUGCGGCGAGUAUAAUCCUCUGCCUUUAUCUCUUUCCUUCGUUAUUGGAUAUUCGUAUACUGAUGCUCAAUGGUUUGUAUUGCUUCGCUCGUCUCAAAAUGACAGAGAAAUUAAUAGAAAGUGGGAUACAUAUGUCAAAUAUGACCUGAACGAGAUAAUUGUUUGUUGACCUUAAACGAUAAUAUGCGAAAGAAAAAUAUGUGAAGGAAAAGAAACGAUGAUUGCUGUGAAAACAUUUAGCCUUCUUUCAAUACGCGCGAGAGGUGAUCUUUAAAGAUGACUUGAUUUUGAUUCAAUUUUCAAUUUCUCUUUGUCUCAAAAUAGAGAAUGUACAUAUAAAAAAAAAGUGUAUCGAGUGUUAGUAACACUAUUGAGUGUUAGUAAUGCAGGGUCGUGCUUAAAUCUUGUAGAUACGAGCGGUUUUCUCAUCGCCUUUAUCUCGCCGCGACGAGAGAACCGUCAUAUGUUGACUCAAGUGAAGUCCCAAUACCACCACACUUUUGGCGAGUCAAAUAGGAAAAGAAAAGCGUUGCCGCUGUUUUAUGACUGUUAAGUUUUCACGUGAGAAUGUAGAACUAACUUACGAAACUUUGUGUUCGAACCACAACUUAAAAUGACAAAGAAUUAUUGUAACUGCAAGGGAGGGGGGGGGUGUUUAUUUAAUUUAAGCUUCGUUAGGUCACGAUAUGUAACGGUGUAAAUUAUAAACGUCGGUCUUUCAUCGAUUUUCUCUUGAGAAAAAUCGACUGUGCGCUCUCGUGGUGGGAGAAGGGGCGCGAUGUCUAGAACGUCCUCGCUUUAUCUUUACGCUCUUUUGGAGUAUUUAAGAAGAAAUGCCUUUCGCGAUCCGUACCUGUUGUACCGAUAAAAAAGAGAGAAUUUAAAACGAGAGCAUAUUGCAAGGAAGUUCGUUGUAGAAUCGUUGUAGGAUCGUUGUAGGAUCGUUAUAGGGCGUGUAAGAGUAUGUAGCGCGCACGUUGUCGGGUAUAUACGCGCGUAUCGUACAUCGAGAAUGCAGAAUGAGAGUAGCGUUAGCUCAAUGCCCGAUAACGCAACGGCAUUGGAACCGGUGCGACCUCGCACAGUCCAAUUUUUCAUGUUUAAGGUCAGCGGGGAAGAAACGCAUUUUCUGUCGGACGAUUACGUUGCCAGGUAGGCAUUGGCGGUUACAAACCCUGUAAGCGUUAUAAUAUUAUUUCAUUUUAAAUAAUGUUCCUAAACUAUUAUAAUAUAUGAAUAUUUUAUGAGAAGUAAAUAUUAUUUACUUUAACGUUUUAGAAUAUCAGGAAUAUUAUAGCUUUUAAAUGUAAUAAUUAUCACGUUUAUGAAUGUUUUAUGCGUAAUAAUUUACAUUAAUUUUUGAACAAAAAUAAUAUUCCACGGAUAUUAAAAUAAUAUACCACGAAUAUUAUAUAAACAUAUAUACUAUUAAUACAAUAUUCCUAUGAUAUUAAAACAUAUUUUAUUCUCGAAAUAUUAAAAUGAUAGCAAUAUUAUUUUAAUUUCCAAUAAUAUUCGUAUAAUAUUCUAGGAAUAUUCUAGUGCCUACAGGGAAACGACACUCAAAUUGAGUGUUAACCCUCAAGUUGGAGGUUUAUUAUUACUCAAUUUGAGUGUCAUUUCGGACCGCCAACGUUUAGUUGGGUGUAUUUUUUUGUAAGGCAAACGGAGAUUGUUCGCGUGAAAAAACUCCAAAAUUUUCGUACUCGUUCCCGGGAUCGUACUGGUUUCAAUCCUCGGAUAGUACUAGGCCCGAGAUUAUAAAAAAAAAAGAAAAAAAAACAAAACAAAACAGAAAGAAAAGAAAAGGGAAAUUAAUGGGGAUUUCCCGGAUAUAGCGACGCCUUUAUAUAGCGGCGGUGAGAGCGCUGGCUCGGCUCGCAAAUUUCGAUUUAUGUUUUUAGAGCAAUAAAUUGACGACAAUCACGAUAUUUCGGCAUAAGCCAGCGCUCGCGCCGCAACUGUUACUUCUCUCCCGUCCGUUCCUUCUCCUUUACUCCUCUACCCCGAAAUUCGAAAUUGUCUCGUUUGUUGUCUUGGGAACAACGAGACUUCGUGUGCACGAGCAUUUCAUUUUGUUGUAUAGAUGCGCGAUGUACAUUUACACAUGACUGAUGCACACAUCAGCAACUUCGAUCACAAUCUAAGAAGAUUCGCACUACUUAAUUCGAGCACUACUAUUCGAUUAUUAAAUGAGCGUAAAGAAUUUAAACGUGCAUGAGAAUAUAUAAAAAGAAAAAAAAUUAAAAUGUUUCAAAUAUACAUAAUAUUAAAGAAUCUCUAAAUAUUAUAUCAUAUAUUAAAAAAAUUGAUUAAAGUUAAUUAAAAUAUUACAUUAGAUAUAUAAAAUAUAAUAUAUAAAUAUCUUCUUUCUCUCUCCUUUUCUUCGUAUGUAUCUUUGUCUUUCCAUGAUAAUAAUGCUUCCAUCAACUUCUUGAAUAAUAUAUGAAUUUUAAUAAUUUUUGAGCCAAUUAUUUACGUACGAUUCUUUCGCCGCUGGUGAGCAUAUCCAAAGUUAACGUGACUUCUCAGCCGCGGCAAAAUAACCCGCGGCAAGCGCAGCAAGGAAACCGUUCGUGCGCACGGAGUCCAGAUCCUUAACGUUCCAUUCCUUCUCUCUACUUCCCAUAAAAAUUUACGAAUCGAAUAGAUAAUUUAUAAUCAAUAUCGUAAUAGAAUCUUGUUAUUCCGUGUUCGUAAUUUUAAAGUUCAUUGUACUUGAUUAUGCUGGACGACAGAGCGUCUCGAACGAGACUUAUUUCUAUUAAACUUCCCUUUUCUAUCGCUCGUAGAAAAUAAGACACACAAAUCCAUUUACGUUCGGUAAAUUUCUUUCGAUCCAACAAUCGUUUCUUGCGUGAGAAUAACAAUGGACGGAUGGUUGUUUCUGCCUCGAGUUUUGUCACACAAAAAUCACAGUACUUCGAAAAAACAAAAACUCUCAGUACGAACAGAAUGUUUGAUGUCGUCCAGUCGUAUUAAAAAUGUUGCGAAAUAUUAAAUAGUAUAUAGAUUCGAAGUACGGCUACUCUACGGAAUUUCUUAACUAUUCUAGAGAUUACUCAUCGAAAAGGAUUCUGUCUAGUUAGUUCUUCCAUCGAACAUGUGUUUCCAGAUACUUUCGAGAGAAAAAGAGGUCGCCGAUAUAUUUCCAGCCCGUAAUCAUAUGAUACAAUAUGAGGAGCUAUUUAUUUUCUACAAGAGUGUAGGAACUGAGCUUUACAGAAAUUUUAUGUAAACAUCGAUACCAUUUUCCAAUACGCGAUGUGAAGAAUGUCGUUUGCUCGUAUAUAAAUUUCUAAGUCUCUCGUGGAAUAGGCUUGGGUGGACCAACCAAUGACCAUUUUAUUUUAUUAAAGUAAACGAUAUUGCUGUAUUAUCUGUAAUUUUAAAUCUAUGAAACGAAACAACUCACGCUACCGGACUAUGAAACUAUACUCCUUGAAACGUUCUCUCCGAGAACAGCGGAACGUAGGGAAAGGAACAACUCCAAAAACCGGUAGAAGAAUUUUCGCGUACGAAAUUUAAUUGCCGUAGGGAGAAACGUCCCGCGUAACAUUACCUCCCAACAAAUUCCCAACAUAUCUCUAUGUAUUUUUAAUAAUAAUAAGCGUAUUGUUCAAUUCA